GGCACCUGGCUCUGACGUGGAUACUAGGGAUUCCAACUCAGGUCUUCAUGCUUACACAGCUGGCACUUUCCUCACUGAGCCACAGCCAAGGCCUGUAGCAGUGCCACUUAACACAAGGGGACACGCUCAAGUGAGGGAAGAGGGGUAGCCAUGACAGGUGUCAACCCUGAUGUUCACCUAACUAGCAUACCAGCCAGUUAGGAGCUGGCCUUGUCCUCUUGAGAUGCUUCAAAUCCUUAUUAAGAAUGCUUGGGUCCCCAUGACACCCCCCUACACCCAGGUUUACUAGGAAAUUUGGGUAGGAAUGGUAAUGACCUUCAUCCUUAAUAGAAUCAGGAGUGCUGAUGAAGUAAAACUUGGAAAGGCAACAAGUCCUGCACCUGCCCAUCAUCACUCACUCCCGAGUCCAGUCAGUAUCAUUUACAAUGUGGCAUUAAUAAAUGUAUCUAAGAAGCAUACAGGCACAUGUGCAUGCAUAAGGGAGCACUGGUUUUAAAAUCAGGAAUUCAGAUUUGAAAUUGUGACCAAGGACAAGUUAAAAAUCACUUAGUUGGAGAGAUGGUUCAAGAGUUAAGAGCAUUGGCUGCUCUUCCUGAGGACCUGGGUUCAAUUUCCAGCACCCAUAUGGCGGCUCCUGUCAGUAACUCCAAGGAUUCCGACACCCUUCCAGACAGACAUGCAUGCAGGCAAAACACCAAUGCACAUAGAAUAAAAAUAUAAAAAGAAACAAAAUCACUUAAGUUCACUGAAUUUGCCCGUCUACAAAAGACAGAUAAUACUGUUAUUAUCUGUUUCGUUAUUACAAACAUGGCAUGGACAAUCACUGUAAAAGACCUAAUGAGGUGCCUGAGACACAGCGGGUGCAGGAUGAGAAUAGACUAGCCCCGGGCUCCAAACCCUUAACCAGCAGCAUGCUAAACAGGCGGUCACAAACAGGCGCUUUCCUUGAAAGUGUUUUACUCUGGAUGAGUUCUUUACUCAGGGUACAGGGGAGGCUUUACCGUCCCAUACAGGAGCCUAAA